AUCAUUACUCUGGAAAAUUGUAAACGCUAUGCUAAAAUUGAGAUAGAUGAUAUGAGUAUCCCAUUAAUCGAAGAAGAUAGCAGACCUACAGGCAACUCUUCGAGCCAUAAAGCCAGCUCCACUAAAAAUAACUUAUCUAUUGCAGAGCAGGCUAUAUUGUGA